CCCUAUAGUAAAUCACAUCAAGAGCUAAAAAAAGGUGGACUCAUCAUUAGGCUAAACAUAAUAAAUGCGUGGAAUACCCCAAAGACACACAUAAAGUAAACAAAAUGAAACCAAAACAAUAGCGAUAAGCGCUACAGAUUGCUAAGAACGAUAAGGCGACAGUCAAUUGCCGGCAGCCUCAUCCCAGGCAGAUAGAAGCCCCCACGGAAUUGAAAUUUCAGUCGAGUCUGUGACUUGAACGGCUAAACAACGAACGAAUAAUUCAAAAAAUUCGCAUUUCAAUUGCUUUUUAAAGACAGCGGCGCUAUCAGUGACAAGUGUAGCUUAUAUACUAUAUAUACAUAAAGACAAUUGAUAUAAUUUAUAUAUAUAAAUUUGUGUAAUUGAAACGAGUCAAUGAGCUGCAGCAUACGCUGUGUGGGAUUGGGGCUGCUGCUGCUGCAGCUAGUCCUGAAUCCAACCCAGGCUUAUCAUUAUGGCGCACAGGCUGGGUUAUCAGCACCGCACUUGACUUAUGCCAAUCAAGAGCAGACGCCGCAGGCAGGCAAUGCGGUCUGCAGUGGACACACAACGCAAUUGCAGCCUUAUGCGCAUGACUGUCAUCGAUAUAUAAGCUGUGUACAAGGACUGGCUGCUAUACAAACCUGUGCACCAGGCACGGCCUUCAAUGUGAACAGCAGGCAAUGUGAUGCGCAGAGUUCGGCAAGCUGCAAUGGCGGAGCAGGUGGCGGAGCGGCACAUUCGGCGCGCUUGUUGGACGCCUCACCACAAUGUGGAGCAGGAGUAAAUGGCUUGCAAGCACAUCCUUUUGACUGCACCAAGUUCUUGAACUGCGCCAAUGGACGCACAUUUAUACAGGACUGUGGACCAGGCACUGCCUUCGAUCCUGUAAUGUUAAUCUGCGAUUAUAAGCAUAAAGUCAAUUGCGGUGCAGGCGGCGCUGGAGUGGGACGUGCGCAGCCAGCGCCACCACCAACACCACCACCAGUACACACUCAUGCUUUGAGCUAUACACCUUUGACUGGCGGCGUGCCUGUGGUUAUCUCUAAGCCUGUGAUUACAUCCGGCAGUGAAUUUAGCUGUCCACCAGGUAUGCGUCGUAACUUUGCACAUCCCACUGAUUCCACCAAGUACAUCAAGUGUGGCAUUGAAGUGCAGGCUAUUGUAGCAAGUUGUCCGCCCGCUCAUUUAUUCGAUGCUCAGAGCUCGGUUUGUAUUGAAUAUCCUGCUGCGAGAAAUUUGAAUGCCAACCUGAGUGAUUUGCUUUGUCCUGGUGGUGUUGAGGGCUUGUUCCUGCAUCCCUUUGAUCACACCAAGUUGCUCAAUUGCAAAGCUGGACAGCUUGCUGUGCAGAGCUGUGGGCCUCAGGAAGCUUUUAGCAUAUCCAAAGGUCGUUGUUUUGCCAAGCAUCUUCUAAGUUAUAGCGACUAUGUGGCCUUCAUAGUGUCUGAGAUUAGCACUGAGUAUUCACUCGAACUCAAGCGUUGUCCUGGCGGCACCGAAGGCCUGCAUCCUUAUCCCUACGAUGCUAGCAAGUAUAUUCAUUGCGCUGCGCAGGGUCAAUUGAGCGUAAGGAGCUGUGAGUGGGAUAAUGCGUACAGCAUUUCGCAGCGCGCUUGUCGCCUAAGUCAUUUGGUUGCUGACACAGAUCGCGUCAAGUUUCUGGGCGAAUUAACUGUGCAAAGCACCUAUAGCUAUAAAGAUAGUCAAAUCUUUCAAUCUGCGCUAAAUGCUUGUCCUGCCAGUUUGUCCGGCAGCUUUGCUUAUCCUUUCCACGCUGGCUACUUUGUUGAGUGUCAGCAUGGCUUGUUGCAAGUGCAGCAAUGUGUGGCAGGCAGUUACUACAGCAUUUCCAAGCGGCGUUGUGUGCCCAAGCAGCAGCUGCUGGCGCAUGAAUAUUUGGACUAUGCGUAUAUAGAUGUUUAUCUGAACACAAACUUUAUGCGUGAUCUAACGACGGUAACAUGUCCUGCGCAAGCGCAGGGCUACUUUUUGCAUCCUUUCGAUUGCACCAAGUAUUUGAUAUGUCGCAAUCAACAAACUUUGGUGGAGUCCUGCGCACAUUCCGAGGUGUUUAGCAUUGCCAAGCGCGAGUGCGUAGCGCGGGAUCAGCUGGCGGGUGAAUACGAUCGCGUGGAGUAUUUAGUGGAGACGCAGCAUGAGUUCUCAGAGCAGCAGGCACCCAAUUCUGGCACCUUAGGGUGCCCAGCUCAAGUCUAUGGACUCUAUGCGCAUCCAUUCGAUGCCAGCAGCUAUGUCUCCUGUGUAGAUGGACAAACUUUGAUAAGACAAUGUGCGCCACAGGAUUACUACAGCAUAUCGCGUGGAUAUUGCAUGAAGGCAGCGCUGGUGGCAAGCAAUGAUCGUGUUAGCAGCUUGCAACAAGGCGUGCAGCAGCUGGAGCAGCAGCAAUCCGUUAGUUGUCCCCCAAACGCUGUUGGCAACUUUGUGUAUCCCUUUGAUUGCCGUCGCUAUUUGAGCUGCGAACAAGGCGUUACUUUGCUCAUGCAGUGCCCCAAUGACCAACACUACAGUCUCAAUCAGCGCAGCUGUCAGUCCGCCUUGAAUGUGCCGCGUCAGGAUCGCGUUGCGCUCAGCAGCGAGUUGCAGCUGUACUACGAUUGGUGGAUGCAAAUGAAGCAACAAUUACAUGCAACUGCCAGCUUGAAUAUAUUUUGUCCUGUGGGCUUGCAGGGCAGCUAUCCGCAUCCUACGCUGCCGCAUUCCUAUUUGAGUUGCGCUGGUCAAGCGCAGGCGCAAGUGCUCGACUGUCCCUUGGGGCAUAUUUUUAGCGUUUCGCAGCGUAUUUGCUUAGUUGACUCACAGGUGGCAGCUUACGAUCGCUGUGACUAUCAAGCUGCCACAAAUGCUGGCAGCUAUGGCUGGCAAGCGCCCUAUGAUGGGCGCCAGUCCAAGUCGCAGCAGUUUGGCAAUCGCUGGAGCAACAUGAACAUGCAACGACCAGCUGGUGUGGGCUUUGUGCAACAAUAUCAUCAAACACUGCAGCAACAGCAGCCGCCGCCAAGCAGCAGCAAAGGCUACUGGUCUGGCUCUUCCACUCAGCAGCAGACUCCAGAGCACAGCGUGCUUUAUGUACAAGGCUCAAUGCAACCGAAUCGUAAUUAUGCCACAACCAUAGCCCGCAACACAAUCUAUAAAGCUCCGCUAGCGCCCAUGCAAACCACGCCCAGCACGCCCAUUUAUUGGGCGCAGCCACAGCCGCGUCGCAUUGACUUGACCGACAGACAGCCAGAUUAUGCCGCUACACACACUUAUCCCAUUUAUCAAAAGCCCUCGCCUGCUGCUCCGCCACACAGUGCUGCGCCUUUGGAUGAGUCCAAUCUCUUUGGUGGCUUGCAGCCGCCAACAACACCACAAACACCUCGUGGCUUUAGAGCUAGAGAUCAGCUGCCGAACGAGUCCAGACAGCAACCAGUUGACCUGACAGGCCAAGAACCCUUAGAUUUAGACUAUGACGAAGCGCCAAGAUUAGAAACAAAUGCUCAUGGAGUUUUUAGUGGCGUGCAGCCGCCUUUAGCGCAAUCAACAACGCCACAAACACCUCGUGGCUUUAGAACUAGAGAUCAGCUGCCAAAUGAGUCCAGACAGCAGCCAGUUGACCUAACCGGACAAGAGUCCAUAGAUCUAGACUACGGCGAGCCGCAGCGGCCAGAGACAAAUGCUCAUGGACUCUUUAGCGGCGUGCAGCCGCCUUUAGCGCAAUCAACAACACCUCAUGGCGUUAGAGCUAGAGAUCAGCUGCCAAACGAGUCCAGACAACAGCCAGUUGACUUAACCGGACAAGAGUCCAUAGAUCUAGACUACGGCGAGCCGCAGCGGCCAGAUACAAAUGCUCAUGGGCAACCGCUUCCUGACACUUUUGCUGCACAGCCAGCGCGUCCAGUCUUAAAUGAAUCCAAUCUUUUUGGUGGCUUGCAGCCGCCUGCUCCCACACAACAAUCCCAGCCCACUCCAGCCAAUCAUAGACCCACAGUUCCUUCCACCACGCCCACUAACUUUCCCUUAUAUGCCACCAAAGCUCAUUUUACGCCAGUGCAGCCUCAUUAUAGUCCCAGCUAUGCGGGUGUAGCGCAUUCCCACAAUGCCAGCUGGCAACAGCCUGAUCCCUUUAAUCCAGCCGAUGAUUAUGAUUAUGAAGAUGAAGGCACCACUAAGCGGCCGCAGCUGGCGCCACCGCCUUUUAAGCAUCAGUUCUAUAAUAAUCCAAUUAAUAAAACUCAGCUGGACGCGCAAGCGCUGAGUGCAGCUCUGAAGCUUAUGCUGCAUCCUUAUGCGCAUCACAGCAGCAAUGUGUCGGAGCAAGCAGAGGCUGCCAUAAUCACCGCCAUAGUUAAACCACCCACAGUGGCUGCGCCCAAACCCACAGCUUUGCCUACGAGCAGCAGCAGCACGACUCGACGACAACCGGACGAUGAAGUUGAGCUGAUUGUGGCUGGCGAACAGUCAAGCUUGCAACAUGCUGACCAUGACUCUGUACUUCCAGAUGUGCUGGAGUCCUCGCGCACUGAGCAUACCCUCUAUCCGACCACAUACACCAGCAGCUAUGACACGACGGACUUGCAACGCAGCACACGCAAAGUUGAUACUGAAACUGAGAAUUGGCAGACGCAUGGUCACAAUCGUGAAUAUCACCAGCGUCAUCCAAAUUUGCCCGAUCCUUUCGAUAAGCCACAGCAGCACUCCUUUCCCCACCACCAACACCACCACCACCACCACCAUCACCAUCAUAACCACCAGCAGCAACAACAUACGCCCGAAUUCCAUGCGCAGCAUCCCAAUCUACCCAAUCCCUUUAGGGAAGCAGCCAAGUCAAGCGAAGAAAUUGAAGAGCUCGAGCCUGCUGUGAAUCCCAAGCAAGAUGCUGAGGAGUACAAGCCUGUGCCGCCCCAGAUUAACUUACGCAGCAGUUUUGACAAUGCCUGUGAAUUCGACUGUGGCGGUGGCAAGUGUGUGAAGCAGGUUGAAGUUUGUGAUGGCGUCAACAACUGCGGCAAUCGCCAGGAUGAGCUGAGAUGCGAGCAUUUGGGCUAUCAGCUGCGCUUGACAGGCGAAAGUCCACACAUGGGCAGAAUCGAAGUCAAGGUCAAUGGCCAGUGGGGCUAUGUGUGCGAUGAUAAGUUUGGUCUACGCGAUGCGGAUGUGGUCUGCCAUGAGCUCGGCUUCAAGCUGGGCGCCGCCGAGGUGCGUGGCAAUUCCUACUACGAGCCACCAGAGCGCAACUUCAACUAUGUUAUGGAUGAGAUCGAGUGUCGUGGCAAUGAAACGCAGCUAAAGGAUUGCGACUUUAAGGGCUGGGGCGUGCACAAUUGCGGCGUGGAUGAGGUAGUGGGCGUGGUUUGCAAAGUGCCAGUGCUGAAGUGUCCCAAUAACUAUUGGCUUUGCCACACCUCCAAGGAGUGCAUACCACCUGCUUUUGUCUGCGAUAAUACGCAGGACUGUGCGGAUAAAUCAGAUGAAAGCGAUGCAGUUUGCAAGGCAGCUAUUGAGUAUCGCUUGGAGGGCGGACGUGCUGCUAAUGAGGGACGUCUGGAGGUUAAAUAUCAUGGCGUUUGGGGCAGCGUUUGCGAUGAUGAUUUCAAUCUAAAAACUGCGCAGGUUGCCUGCAAUUCCUUGGGCUACUAUGGCAGACCUAAACUGGAAAAGAAUGUGUUUGGUCCCAGCAGCGGUCCCAUUUGGCUGGAUCAGGUGCUUUGCUUUGGCAAUGAGAGCAGCAUAGACAAGUGCAGUCACUGGAACUGGGGCGAGCACAACUGCAAUCAUACCGAGGAUGUGGGUUUGCGCUGCAGCGUAGGAGCGCGUCCGCGUCAGCAGCGCACGCGACUUCAAGCGCUGGGCAACAAUCAGUCCGCUGCUGUGCAGUCCGCCAGCAGCGUCAGUCUAUCCGACAUUGGUUUAUGGGAACGCUCGAGCAAAGCUCUGCGCACGCCCAGACGCUGUGGCAUAUUCAAAGACGAUCUGCACGAUGAGUUUGCGCAUCCAGAGCAGCGUGUGGUGCAGGGCAGCAUUGCAAAGCGUGGUCGUCAUCCCUGGCAGGCUACUAUAAGAACACGUGGACGUGGCGGCAUCUCUAGUCAUUGGUGUGGCGCUGUAGUUAUAUCCAAGCGGCAUUUGCUUACUGCUGCUCACUGUCUUUAUGGUCAUCCCAAGGGCGCUUACUUUGUGCGCGUGGGUGAUCAUUAUGCCAACAUAGCGGAGCACUCCGAGUCGGAUUCCUUUAUAGACACUUGGUAUACACACGAGCAAUUCAGACAGCCCACGCAUAUGAAUAAUGACAUAGCUGUGGUGGUGCUAAAGACGCCGCUUAAGUUCAAUGACUAUGUGCAGCCGAUUUGUCUGCCCGAGCCGGGUGCGCCGCUUGUGGAGAAUCGCACCUGCACUAUUUCAGGCUGGGGCUCCAUUAAGUCGGGUGUGUCCACUCCUGCGCAGGAGCUGAGAUCAGCACAGCUGCCCAUUUUGCCAGACGCCACUUGUAAGCAGCUUAAUGUUUAUGGCGAGGCCAUGACCGAAGGCAUGUUCUGCGCUGGUUCCAUGGAUGAAAGCGUGGAUGCCUGCGAAGGCGACUCCGGUGGUCCGCUAGUCUGCUCCGAUGAGGAUGGUGAAACCUUGUAUGGCAUUAUAUCCUGGGGACAGCAUUGCGGCUUUCAGAAUCGUCCUGGCGUCUACGUGCGCGUCUGUCAUUAUAUUGAUUGGAUUUACGAAAAGAUUAAUGAAAGUCUUAAGCGCUUCUGAGCUGCGCUGCUUUAUCUUUUAAUUUGACUUUAUUUAAAUGCACAGCGCUGUAGCUUUAAGCACAUAAUCAAUGCUAAUAAAACGCACAACAAACAGCAAA